CGGAGCGUCAUUGGCUGUUGAGCUGCUGCUCGUGCAUGCAUUCAAACGGCUGACUUCAGGAGCGCGCGCAAGGGCUGAUCUACCUCCACCACAAAUCUACAUUACAUCCAGUUACUGCACGAUUCUGUCAAUCAAAUAUAAAGACUGCAGGCAUGAUGGUACAGGAGUGAAGCAUCUGGUCUCGUCCCGAGUGUGAGGUUGGAUUAAGGAUGCUGGAGGAGGGUGAUGGAGAGGUGGAGGGGUCUGAAGGUGGAGGGGGGCUUCAGGUAGAGGUUGAGAGGCUGACGGCAGAGCUGCAGGAGGCCAAUGAGGAGAAGUUACAGGCUGCACGGUACGGCCUGGCCGUGCUGGAAGAGAGCGCUGCACUGAAGACCAAACACAGCCAGCUGGAGGAAGAGCAUGAGGCUCUUAAACUGGAAAUGCAACAGCUCAGAGAGGCUCUGGCAGACUCUGUGAGCAGUCAUAAGCGUGCAGCGGCAGAUGGAGAAAGCCGAGAGGAGUGUCUCCUGCAAGAGACAGCAAGCAAAGAGGCAGCCAUGUCGUUUCGCAUGGAUGAGCUGCAGGCGGAGCUUAAACAGGCCCGCCUCAUGAUGGCCAAUACCAUAGCUGAAAAUGACCGAAUGGCAAGCCUCUCCACCCAGCUGAAGAAGGAGUGUGAGUGUUUGGAGGUGGAGAAGACCUGUAUGAGAGAGGAGAUGAAGGAGUACAAGACACGAGAGGUGCGGCAGCUUCAAGAUAACAGUGAGCUGGAGGAGGAGAACAUCUCCCUGCAGAAGCAAGUCUCUGUGCUAAAAGAAAACCAGGUGGAGUUUGAAUCAGUGAAGCUGGAGUUGACUCAUAAAGAUGAGGAGCUGGAGCUGAUGAGGGUCCAGCUGGAAGAGGCCGGGCGGCUGAGGGAGAUCGCUGAGCGGCAGCUGGAUGAGGCCCUAGAGGCUCUAAAAGAUGAGAGAGAGCAGAAGAACUGUCUGAGACGAGAGCUCGCCACUAUAAACAUCAACCCGUUUGACUCUAUUGGUCACCUUGAGCUACAGCUGGACAACAGCCAUGAUGGAGAGGAUAAGGUGGAAGGAGAUGAAGAAGAGGAGAUGGACAGUGGAUAUAAUAACUCCAAAGGGAUGGAGAAACACAGGUGCUCCACACCCAGAAACAGUGAUGUGUUCCUCAGACCGCAGGCUCCUGGACUUGUGGCCGACUUGCUGAGUGAGCUGCACCUGUCUGACAGCCAGAAACUGAAACAGCAACUGCUGCAGGUGGAGAGAGAGAAAGCCACACUGACCAGUACAGUGCAGGAGCUCCAGCAGCAGUUAGUCCAAUCAAAAGAUGCUCACAUUGAACAACAGAUGAAGAUGGAUCAGCUUAACCAACGUUUAGAGACCCUUCGGUGUCCAGUGUCAAGACCUAGUCAACGAGGGGGUGAAAUGAGCCUGACUCCCAUGUCCCUUCAAAACCUAGAGGCCGAAAAUGGCAUCAACUACUAUGAGGUGGAUGUGAAAAGCACAGAAGUUCUAGAGUGUCGCAUGCAAGUGGCAAAUGAAGAGCUUGCACGUCUACGCGAAGAGCUGAAGGAGGCUGGUGAGCAUUCCAAGGCCUUGGAGGAGCGUUGCAAGCAGGAGAAGGAACACUGGAGGGGCGAGGCACAGGAUCUUGCCAAUAAAAUUCGACAGUGUAUCACCGCUAGCCGACAGGACCAGGAACGAAUAGGACAGUUGGAGCGGGAAAUUGGCGCCACACGGCAGGUCGCCACCGAUUCUGAAGGUCACCUCAGUGCUGCUCAGGAGGAGCUUCUAGCAUUCUCUGAGGAGCUUGCCAACCUUUACCAUCAUGUGUGUGUUUGUAACAACCUCACACCUAGUCGCGUGACACUUGAUUACUAUCGUGAAGGAGCACAGGCAGGGAGAUCGCACAAUCAUUCACAGCCACGCCACUGUAAUGGAUCCCUCAGGAGGCACAGGCGUUCGGGAGAGGUGUUUGUGAAAGGAACCUACUCUGGAGAGAUUGAGAUGGGUAGCGGAGGGAGCGGAGACACAUCAUCUAGCUGUGGAAGUUGUCCAGGGUCUCCUACGCUAGACUUCAGGGACCCAACCAAUGUGCGCAAUCUGGUAGCCAUCAUACGUUGCCAAAUUAAACACUUACAGGUGGCGGUGGACCUGUGCAGACAGCGCAACCCGUUACCCUCCCCAUCAGCAGGAGGCAGCACUGAGUCAGACCACGAUGCAGAAGCAUUACUUGAGGAAGUGUUAAAACUUAAGUCCCUUUUGAGCACCAAGCGAGAGCAGAUUGCCACUCUCAGAACUGUCUUAAAAGCCAAUAAACAGACAGCAGAGUUGGCUUUGACCAACCUGAAGACAAAGUACGAGACAGAGAAGAGCAUGGUGUCUGAGACAAUGCUAAAGCUGAGAAAUGAACUGAAGGCCCUGAAGGAGGACGCGGCCACCUUUUCCACCCUACGGGUCAUGUUUGCAAGCAGAUGUGACCAGUAUGUAACUCAGUUAGAUGAGAUGCAGAGACAGCUCGCAGCUGCUGAGGAUGAGAAAAAAACACUAAACUCUCUCCUCCGCAUGGCCAUCCAGCAGAAGCUGGCACUGACCCAGAGGUUGGAGGACCUAGAGACUCCUUUUUCCCCUGUCAGCAACGGUGGCAGUCCUCGCCAUUCUAGGACCAAGCAUCUGACCAAAUCAGGCCGUGCCCCACGGAGCCCCAUGAGAAGUCCACGUUCCAGUCCAGUGCUGGUGCCUGCUGGCCCCCAGAAUAUAAGUGGCCACAUGAGGGCACUGUCACGCAGCCUUCACUGCAGUCCUAGAUAAAAACUUCUUAUUUACUCACUCUAUGCUUCAAUAUGUGGACCUCAUGACCUCCCAUACCCUGCUGACCUGACCCAUCAUCCUCCUCAUCACAGACCACACCUCAUUGGGCCUCUCUUCAUUUCUCUCGUGCCUCUCCCUUUCCUGUGUUUUCUUUUGUUUAUCGUUUUUUUGUUUGUUGAAUCAAGUGCUGCUCAGCUUUAAUGGACUAAAAGCUGAACACUUGCAUGGCAUCUCAUGAUGGCAUACAGUAUAGUAAGACGUCUGCUUCAGUUUGUCACAGAUAUUUAUACCACACCAAAAUCACUUUUGGAGAUCAGUAUUGUUUGAAAUCUGACAGGUUUUGACUGACCUUUACUUCAAUAGCCAUAGAUAAACAUACCUUGCUUUGGGGUUUGCCAGAGAUUUGGUUUAAGCAAGUGAAAACUAUCGCUUUUUUUUUAGCUAUCAUGGAAGGCAUUCCUCAGGUAUAACUGACCAGUUCUAUUUUAUGUUUUAUUUACGUGUUAUAUGUCAUUUAUAGCAGCAUGCUCAUAUCAGCCCCAAUUAACUCAUUCAAAACUCAUCAAAAGCUGAUAUUUUCUGCUCCUGUACCAUUCUGUGAUGGCAGAUGGUUUUGUUGAAUGAUGUAGCAGUUGUUACCGUGGCCUUUUUGAAGCAGUUAACAAAACACGAAUAACCAGAACAAUCAACUAUGCAGAUUAGAAAGAAUUAGCUGCUAAUAAGCUCAUGCAAAAAAUAAUAAAUCUAUUCACCAAACUGCCAGUUUUGCUGCCUACAACACAGGGUUAACAGACAGCACUGUUAAGACUAUUGUGGCUAUUUGUAUUAUAUAGGACUGUGUUAAAUUGCUCUCCAUAUGGCAGUUAUUAUGUGUUCAUGUCAAAGGGAACACUGGUGGAAAAUAUAUAAUAGGAUAUAAAAUAGUGCCUUAAUGUUUUGAGUGUAAAAUUGUAGAUAUUGAUUUAAAAUUUUGUUUAUUAACCAGUGAAAAGGGUUUGGAUUGUUUUGAAACUAAUUAUGGACAUUGUUUGUGCAUGUAUGUGUAGAUAAUGUAACAUUCCCUGCAAUAAGCCAGUUUUGUUAAAAGCUAGGCCUUUGCAACAGAAGCAUUACACUGUUCUUAUCAGAACAGUGUGUGUGUGUGUUAUCAACCUAUUUUAAAAUCAUCCCGUCUUUCCAGACGUUUAAAAAUAUGUAUUUCAAAAUGCUAUUUUCAAUAACAACAAAAAAUGAUUCAUUUAUUUUUUCUCCUUUUUAAACCCAAUUUUCUUUGACAUUUUAUUCUUCACUCCUAAAACAAUAGCAAAUCUCAUGCAACCUUGUAUGUUGUUUGUGAAAUGUGCAGUGUAAAAAUAAAGUGGUUUCAAUGUU